CCGUACCCUCGUAAAACCCUUGCUGAGCGCUGCUCAUUGUGUGCGCUAAACCUCGACAUCGGCUCGUCUUGCUGAAUUUUGAUCGAACGAAGAGCUGCACUGCUAACAUGGCUUGGCGCCCUUCUGGAUCUCUAUCUCGCUCCCUGAUUUCUACUGUUAGGGCUUCUUCUCUCCGAUCAGCUCCUUCUCUUCCUCGGCUCCACCCGCCACCUCUCGCCGCUCGACCUCGUCUUCAAUCUCGUCGGCUUUCAUUUUCAACUUCCAGGAAUUUGGGAGAACUGGGAUGCACGCAGUCUCUUCUGUCCAUGCACAUCGUGGGUGCUACCUGCCUGACAUCACACCUAUGUGUUAGCGUACGGGCUUUUUGCGAGCUGUCUCACGGAAUGAAUGGAAAAGAUGGGUGAUGCACGUGGACAUUCUAUCAUUCGAAAGCAGGAGACUGUCGCAACAUUUGUACUUGAGCGAUCUCCAGUACGAGCACACAUGUGAGCAAUUCUAUGGGGGUGAAGUUCAGUAGGGAGAGAGAAUUUCUGGGUACUUUAGUAGGUUGGUAGAUGCAAUAAAAAAAUUUCCUAGCUGUUCAGGGAACUCAUCCUAUUAUUCCACAUAGUACUCGGUUGUCCUUUGGAUUUCCCAAAAUUAUCAAUUGUUGAUUUGACCUGCUUUGUUUUACCUUCAAUUACUUUCAUUACACUUACUGGAUUUUGAAUCACGUUAUGAUAUUCUUGUUUCUAUUA